AUGAAGAUCAGCUCCUCGCCACUCAGACCAGCAUGCCCCAGCCGACCGCCCUUCCGCUCGACACUCCUCUCGCCCUCGCGCCCCCGUAGAAUCCCAUUCUCCCGCGCCCGCACACAGGGCGCGCUCUCCGCAUGCCAGGCGCUCCUGCCCGACCUUCGCGCGGGCGCGUUCCUACGCCAGCUGCACGCCUUGCAGAACGACCAGUUUGGGCUGCCCGCACAGGUGCGCGCCGCGCUCUUCAGAUGGCAGGAGGUGUUCAUGGGCCUGCUCGACGCUGCAACCGCGCUUGCUAUCCUCGUGGAUCUGGAUCCGGAGGCGGCGGAGGACUCGGAGGUGCCAGUCGCAGCGUGUCGCACCUCGCCGAGAAACUUGCCUGCUGGGCAGGUGUCAAUGAAGAGGUCCGCAGGUGUAUGCAGGAGCGGCGCCGCGAAUGACUCCGCGUAA